GCGGAAGUGGUCGCUAACCUGCUGCUGUUGAUGUUACACAUGGACAAUGGAGGAGAUCGCUGUCAAAUAUAGAGCCACACUUAAGUCUUGUCUAUGAAAUGUUGAGGAGCUCUACAUAUGUCUUGAACAUGGCAAUAGUUGUUCGGACAACAGCUUUAGUUUUAUACCUCUGGAGUGUUUUCAUGCAGUUUAGUGGCGUGUCAGGUCUUGGCAUCAAUGAACUGCUUUAUUUCCGGGUCAUCAGUCCAGAGGAGAUAGGAUACAUCUUUAGUGCGGCGCCUGCUAAAGAUUUUGGGGGAGAUUUUACAUCAUCUUAUGAUGAGAUUUUCCUCGUGCCGGCAGACCCAGCAGAUGGCUGCUCAGACCUGGAGGACAGAGAAAUCAUCCAGGGACAAGUGAUUCUGGUGGAGAGAGGUGGUUGCUCCUUUGUGCAAAAGGCUCGACAUGUUGAGGAAGCAGGAGGAAAAGCUGUUCUGAUUGCUGAUAAUGCAGUGGACAAUGACAGUCAGUACCUUGACAUGAUCACUGAUGGAAGUGCUGCCAUUCCAAGCAUACCUGCUCUAUUCCUGCUGGGACGUGAUGGGAUGAUGAUCAGAAGAUCUCUUCAGAGACUAGCACUGCCGUGGGCCGUCAUUUCUAUUCCUGUUAAUGUUUCUUCUUUGGCCUCGUUCCCACUGAAGCAACCCCCAUGGACACUGUGGUAGAAAUGACGCACACCCACAACUUCAUGCACUUCCUCACUUAAUAAACAUUGUUUCAUCAGUGCAUGUCCUGUCAGUCCUCACAGACAAAUUCUUCUGCGGUGGUUAAACAAAUUCACACACACUAGUGGUGAACCAGUAAAAUGAACAUACUAUGGCUGCUCUCAACUAAAGAUUUUCCUAGUUGUUGGUUUAAACCAUUAGUCGACUAGUUGCGGCAUAUUUAUGAUAUUAAUUUAAUUAUUUAAAUAAACAGUCAGAACUGUA